AUGGAACCCGGCAGGGUCCCGGCCGAGGACGAUGGACUAUCUCCGACCGCUCCUGCAUCGCCGCCUGAGAGGCGGCGUGUCUCGAUGGAAGAAGACUUCUUCUAUCAGCGCAUCAUGACAAACCCUCGUCGCCCUUCGCUGCCGCCCCCGUACCAGCGCGAUCGGUCAACGGCAUCCACCUCUGGCCAUGCAAAGGGAUCCAAGAAGGGGAAAGAGGUCGCGACCGGUGGGGGCGGCGACGAAACCCGCUACCCAGUCACCAAAGAAGAGGAGGAACAACUACAGGAAGAACUUCCGGAAUACAACACAUCAAUAGCACUAGAAGGCGUCUUCUGCAAGAAGCAAGAGAUCGAAAACACGACGAAGAGGGCCGAGGAUCGCCAAUGGCACACCGUAUACGUCAGGCUGAACGGAACUGCGCUCAACAUUCACGAGGUCAAGAAGGCCUGGAGCUGGGGAAGGACCCGUGAUGAUGGCCCGUCCAUCGACCCAGACAACCCUCCAUGGAUUAAGAAGUCGAAGCUGGAAAGGUCAUAUAGUCUUCUCUACGCUGAUGUCGGAAUCGCUGCCGACUACAAGAAACGUCGGUAUGUCAUUCGCAUCCGCGCAGAAACAGACCAGUUCCUCCUAUCUUGUGUCGAACUAAGCACCUUUGUCAAGUGGCUAGAGGGCUUGUUCGCGGCCAUUGACGUCGCUACCCCCUUGGACGAUCGGGAUUUCCCCCGCGACAUGUCCAUUCCUCGAAUCCAACGCAUUCGGUGGUUCCGUGGCGAGGAUCCAACCCCUACUACCGUUGACUUGUCCGAGCUCGACCUCACAGAGAAUCAACUCAAUGAAGCCUCUUCAUCUCAGGUCGAGCGCCGGCCCUCUACCUCACCCCCGCCAGUCCCCCCGCAACCUGAGAUACCGAUAGAACCCGAGACAGAGGGUGCGCCAGAGCCUCCCCCACGAAUCGACCCCAUUCACCGGCUAAGUACAACAUCGUAUCCUAACCUCGCCAUCGACCCCGGCUCAGGGAAAUGGUUUCCAGAACAUCGGUGGUCAAGGGCCCACGACAUGCUAUACGCCAAACUAUGCUACAGCAAUCUCCUGUUCAGGAGCCCCCGCAAGUCUAACUACAUCAUCUGCAAGGGGAAGCAGUGGUACGUGGAUUGGACAACGGGUCGCAUGGUGAGGGUAUUACCCCCGGCAUACGGGGAGGUCGACUACUUCGGACCUUGGCAGGUGGUCCAUACGGAAAACAGAAGGAUAUAG